UAGAUAAAGGAAGUCACGUUUAGGUCGUUGAAACUUGAAACAGUCGCGACCAAUUUGGACAGCUCAAAUUUGCCACUUUUUCCUCUCUAUCUUCUCCACAAUAAUAGUAUAUAUCUCUCCUUUUGGUUACUCAUAAUCUCCUGCGUCUUGACGAAUCAAAACACACAACAGAGACAGAGGACCAUAAAAAAUGGCUGACACCCUUUUGGAAAAAGCCACCUCUGCUCUCGGUGAAGCCAAAGAAACCGUCACCGCCUCCGCUGAACCGGCCAAGACCGAUGUGGUGAAGGAUGCAGUGGACAAUGUGGUCACAAGAGGCAUAGAUGGAGCCAAAUCUUUGUUGCACGAUUUGGAAGAGAAGAAAGAUGAAGUCUCCUCCAAGAUCGUGGGAGCUGUUUCACACUUUACCGGUAGCGCUGACUCAGCAGCCACAACCGCAAACCGCGACUUACCAGUAUCCACAGAUAAUCAGCCACUCCUAGCGGCGGGCGAUCGUGGGGUCGAACCAUGGUGGAUGAACUGUUGUGGAGUUGUUGAUCUUCUCAAGUCAUCAUCAUCUAGUAGAUGAAGACCAACUUCGAUAUGAAGAACAUAGCAGGGGAAAAAAGAUCCUAGCCAGUUUUUCAAAUUAUCUUCUGACUAUUUCCUUUUUAUUUCUCGAGUGUGAUUUCAGAAUGUGUCUUUUUCUUUUAAUUCGCUCUGCUGAAACUCUCGUUUUUUUUUCUUUUUCAA